GGUGCCGCUGCCACCUGAACAGCCUGGGCAGCCUCGGUUACUGUGUGGUAGCCAUGGGUCUGACCACCUACGUCAUCACAACGGAGGUCCAACAGUUCAUCAAAUACUUGAGUCUACCCUGGCCUGACCACUUCACGCCCUACCUCGAGUUGAAUAUUCAUAUUGGUCUGGUCGGCGCCGCUGGUGUCCUCCUGUGCUUUUUCUUCGGGGCGGCCGUCUUCAAGAUCGGAAACUACGCCAAUGACGGUUACCGCCUGGGAGUACAGGAGGGCGUGUGUUCUCGAGACCCGCCUCCUCUCCCAGGCGCUGCAGGAGGGAUAGUGAGAGCGGCGUGGCUCCACGGAGGUCCAACGGGGCCCUUCGUGCAUAUCCUGGUGGCGCAUCUCCUCAUCAUGGCCAGACUCAUCAUGGAAGCCGCAGGAACCAAGGCCAUGAUUCUGCCUAAAAGCACGGUCUGGUGGUCUGAACUGUCCCGCGUUCUGCCGCAGAAAGACCGUCUGGCAGUCUUCAACGUCAUCGCGGCUCUGGCAGGGUCAUCGGAUGAUAACUCUUCGACUCAAGGACCCGUCGCCGCGCCCUACGAAGCCUCGACCUCCGUGACCUUCCAGGCGGCAGAGCUCUCGGAUGACGACCUUCGCGACGACCUGGGAGACAACGACUGGCACGUCGGGGAGAUCCCCUGGGGGCCUUUCUCCCCCCACUUCCUCAAUUAUCUCCUGGCUCACCUCAUCUACGCCGGCAGAUACGCGGGGGUCUUCUGGGGCACCAACAAAGGCCUCGGCUUCGUCUUCUUCGUGCAGCUGAUCCUCAACGCCGGCCAGAGCAUCUUCGCCCUCAAUGGAUUCCAGGUCCUCUACAAAGUGCACGUCGUGGGCCCUAAGGAGGUGUUGCCUGACUUCGACGGGUUCCUGCUGCCCCUGCCGGCUAUCUUCGCCGUCUUCACCGCCAGCCAGGCCCUCGUGCUCGCCUCCGGGUCCGUGCUGUACCUCUACGGCUUCGUCAAGUUCAACGCUUUCCUCAACGCCGAGAAGGAGAAAUACCACAUCCUGAAGCAUAAGAAUCUCAACUCUGGAGUAGUGUACACAGUCAAGGUUUAUCUAAAGCGGCAGAAUGUCGCACGGUCUGGUGGUCUGGAACUGUCCCGCGUUCUGCCGCGAAAAGACCAUCUGGCAGUCUUCACGUCAUCGCGGCUCUUGGCAGGGUCUCGGAUGAUAACUCUUCGCUCAAGCAAAAGAGACACAAUCAUUAGUGAGGCUCGUUACUCACUCGUGUUGCUAAGUCGGCAGAGCUCUCGGAUUACGACCUUCGCGACGAACCGGGAGACAACGACUGCACGUCGUGGAGAUACCCUGGGGCCUUUCUCCCCCCACUUCCUCAAUUAUCUCCUGGCUCACCUCAUCUACGCCGGCAGAUACGCCUGGGGUCUUCUGGCACAACAAAGAUGUCGCCACUCGGCUCGUCUUCUUCGUGCAGCUGAUCCUCACGCAGGCCAGAGCGUCUUCGCCCUCAAUGGAUUCCAGGUGAGGUGGGGAUGGGGGGGAGGAGGUGUUGCUGACUUCGACGGUUCCUGCUGCCCUGCCGGCUAUCUUCGCCGUCUUCACCGCCAGCCAGGCUCAUCGUGCAUCGCAUCCGGGUCCGUGCUGUACCUCUACGGCUUCGUCAAGUUCAACGCUUUCCUCAACGCCGAGAAGGAGAAAUACCACAUCCUGAGCAAGCAUGGCCAUCAGACCCCAUGGAGCUACUGGCCUCACUGCUGGGGUCUGACUGUGCUCGUGGUCAUGACAGCCUCAGCGGCCCCUCUCGUGCAUGAUUGGACCAUCAUGUACCGGACUUCGCUGGACGCGUCCGUGUUGGCUGCCACCAUUUCCACCAUUUUCCAUCUCUUCCUGUGGAUCUUGUUGUGGAUGGCCCUCACCGUCAAGUCCAAGUGGUACUUCAAACUUCGAGUGCAGAUUUCGAAGACGAUUGUCACCAACACGCAUUCCAUUCGGCUGGUCAACGAAGUGCAACUCUCCAAGCAGGUCGAAGACACCGAAGGGCCUGUCAUGGUGAUCGGCGCCGGAAAGACCUACCUUCUGCAGGAGGGAAGCCCCAAGCGAUCGCUAAUGAAGCUCGUCAUGCACACCGUCACGGAGAAGAAGGCGCGCGGAGAGGAGGAGGAGAUCUACUGGCUGCGCCCCAAGCCUCCUCCCGGUGGGUCCGAGAGCUGGAACAAGCGGAAGCAUUCUCCCGGAGCCAAGCACAAGGUCACUUUCGACGACACGCCUUCCACCUCCAGAAAACGGGAUUCGGGCAGGGGUAACUUGUGUCCCGACGUCCUUCACGAUCUCUCGGACUCUGACACUUCAGACAGCGACGGGGACUACGCCAGGCUACGCGACGUGUCCUUCCCGGGACCCACCAGGAGGCUCUCCCACAAGGAGGAGCCGAAGGAGGAGGACCGCCCCCCUCCCCAGGACCUCAGCUUUCCGGAGUCUGACUCGGUUCCUGUGGGCGGAGACUUCCCGGCCCCGCCCCCCGAGCUAACAGACCCCGCCCACUAUCCGCCCCCGCCCACAACACCACCCCCGAGUCACUUCUGGCGCAAGAGAGUCCCAGAGCCUCUCUCUGGGAAAUGA